AUGGCUUUAACCCAAUGCUUGAAACAUAUGCGAGCAUUGCACACUUCAAUACCAUCCCAGCGCCAUGUUGUUCCCCUGGCAUACGAACUUCAUGGCCGAGGGAAACCCAACUCAAGCCAUCAUGACCCGAUUCUCUUUCUCCAUGGCUUCCUAGGCUCGAAACGCGAGAAUAGACGGGUGAGCCGUCUGCUGGCUCACGAUCUCUCGCGACCGGUAUUUGCAUUAGAUCUUCGCAACCACGGUGACUCAGCCCAUCAUCCCAUACAUAACUAUAUGGCAAUGGCGCUGGACGUCGAGUCCUUUAUCAAGACACACCGAUUGAAGCGUGUAACGCUGAUAGGCCACUCCAUGGGAGCGAAGACGGCAUUGGCUUUAGCUCUGCACUCGCCAGACAUUAUAUCCAACGUCGUCGCCAUCGACAACGGUCCGAUACGACUACCGAUUCCUAAAGAUUUCCAGAGAUAUCUCGUCGCCCUCGAAAAGGUAGCGCGAUCGCAGAUCAGAUCCCAUGCUGAGGGUGACCGAAUUCUAGCUGAUUAUGAAGCGGCAAGUCCUCACUUGUCGCCCAACCUUACUUGCGUUAACAUCCUCCAGUCUUCUGCUAUCCGUCUAUGGCUUCUGAGCAACUUCAUCAAAGAUCGUCGCUCACCGUACCUCAAGCUCCGUCUGCCCCUUGAUAUUCUCAACACUGCCCUGGGGCCUCUGGGUGACUUUCCGUACAUGGAUGAACCCGUGAAGUUCCACAGACCGACGCUAUUCCUUCGUGCACACCAGAGCUACUAUAUUCCUGACCACGCCUUGCCUUGUGUCCGGAAUUUCUUCCCCCAGGCGCGGGUUGUGGACAUGGACUGUGGGCAUUGGGUUGUCCAGGAUCAGCCGGAAGAGUUUCGACAGGUGGUGGUGCAGUUUUUGCGUAGUGGGCUAUAA